AUGACUGUUCUCGGAAGUUCUCUAACAAAUACUGGCAAUUGGCUCAACAAUAGUGUAGAAAACUUAUGCAGCUAUUCAAAAAAACCUCCUCAAUCUGCUCCUGAAAUUUCAAAUACAUGGCGCCGUGAUCCCUGCCAAGUUUCGCAAGCUUCUCUAAGCUCGCCGAAAAAGGCAUACGAGUCUGGUUGUAACCUUUUUCCUCGCUUAUUGAAUGGUCAAGGAUUAUUUUUUGAUAAUGAAAAUGCACAGCUGCCGGCACAAUUGGUUGGACUAUCGAAGAUUCCAUGCCAGAGAGAGCACCACGAUAGGCGCCCUAGCACAACAAACCCUAUCUCAACUAUCAACACGAUAACAUAUGAAUCUAUGGUCGCGGCUCGGAUUGGAAUACGUUCAAAGGGCUUUAAUACCUACCACACCGUCCAAAGUAGUAAAGUUUCAUUAGAGUUCGAUUCACGAGAAGCUAAAUCGAUUGCGCCCUCGUAUACUUCAUCCCCUGAAAGGUCUUCAAAAGGAGGGCUGUUGUCGGAUUUAUCCAUAAAAAGUAAAUUGCCGAUUCGUGCUUUUGGUAGGACACAUUUUUUAGAUGAGUAUUGUCAACCCGAGAGAGUCAACAGUAUGGAAGAAACGCUAAAAAGCGUAAUUAUCUAUUUCAAGGGCUUUUACCGGACGGAAAAUUUCCAAGCCCAAAACAGUGUGUUCAGAAUAUUUUAUCCGUACAUGUUUUGGACGAACUACAAGCAUCUAGAGACCGAGAUCAUUAUCUUUCACGAAGAUCGCGAGUUUUUGCGGGCAUCCUUCUACAAAACAUGCCAACAAGUAAUCCAAAAGGUGAUUUUGACAGAUAGGCUACUUAGGCAUGCUAGCUACUGCAAAACUGAGUAUAUCUUUCUCUCCGAUCAAUUGAAACAUAUUUGCUAUCAGACAGAAAGCAUCGGAUGGAAUCAUCACGAGUCUUUCGUACAUAGCGCCGAGCGGAACUUGAGCGAUGUGGAAAAUUCUUUACUUAACUUAGUUGCAGAACGUAAAAAAAUCGAUCAACUACGCUUCGAGGCGGACCGAAACCUUUAUGGAUUGCGGCUAUGUUUGGAGGUCAAUGUUCAUCACAAGAACAUGGCCCAGUCUAUUCUUUGCGAAUUGAAAUGGUUUCACGAUCGCUAUCUGGGAUCAAAGAAAUUAAUGCCGCGAUACUUCAGACCUCUCUUCAUUCAUUUUCAUAAGAUCAAGGAUUCCUUCUGCGAUGAAACAUUUUUGGCCUUGUUCACAGAGUUCCAGACGCUGCUUAUGGAAGCUUCUAAAACCAACAUGCGAGCUCACGAAGUUUUGAAUGAAAUGGCAAAAAUUCGAAAAACCAUUCCUCAUCUACUACGGAAAGCUCGGUCAAAAUUAAGAAGGGCACAAGAGGUCAACCCGGGUCUUCUCAUCGUACGUAGACUCGACGAAGAUGUGAGGCCGGCGCAUCAUAGGGAUACAGAGCCAAGAGAAUAUCGAAGGAAAGCUCGAAGCUUGAGUCCGGAGCGAAAAGUGCUGUCCUUGGAAUUGUAUUGCUGA